UUUCCCAAAUCAUAGUUCAUAUCUUCAACAUUUCUCAUUCCAUAUACACACAUAAAAAAAACUUCCAUAUUUCCUAAAUACAAUUUCUCCAUUUUUCAAACUAUACCCUUUAUUUAGAACCAUGUCUUUCUCAACCAAACUAUCAUUGGUUUUAUUACUUUCUUCUUUUCUCAUCCAUGCAUCUCUAGCUGAAAUGGUAUGUGAGGGCUUACCAAAUGAAGUGUGUACAUUCUCAAUAGCUUCAUCAGGAAAAAGAUGUUUAUUGGAGACAGAAAAAGGUGUCAAUGGUGAAAUUGAGUAUCAAUGCAGAACAUCUGAAGUUGUAGUAGAGAGAAUGGCGGAAUACAUCGAAACCGACCAAUGUGUCGAGGCAUGUGGUGUUGAUAGAAGUUCUGUUGGUAUUUCAUCUGAUGCUUUCUUUGAGCCACAAUUCACUGGCAAACUUUGUUCCCCAGCUUGUUAUGAGAAGUGUCCUAACAUUGUUGACCUUUUCUUCAAUUUGGCUGCUGGAGAGGGAGUAUAUUUGCCCGAUCUAUGUGAGAAACACAAGACCAACCCUCGUCGCGCUAUGGUCGAGCUUGUGAGUUCCGGAGCUGCAUUUGGCCCAGUUUCUUCUGUUUCAGAGGACAUUGUGGCAGCACCAGCAUCUGCACCUUCUUCUCUAUAAUUUUGGAGAGAUGAUUUAAAUGUUACGAAAUAUUGAAUUUAUAUUUUCCUAUGUUACUAUAUUAGAUGAUAUAUAGUAGAGGGAAAUAUGAUUUCCUUAUUAAGGAAUUUGUUUUGAUUAAUGUAAUAAGCAAGUUGAGUUGGACACUUAUUGUUUCAUUUUUAUGUAUGUUCUCCAAAUUUAUCAAAUUUUGGAAUUGUUUAUGA